AUGAAGCUUGGUAAAGUGUUCAACCAUAAGUUUGUGCUAGGGAGCUGCAACCUCAUAUUCAUGCUAUGUGGCAUAACGCUACUAUCAACAGGUUUCUAUCUAUUCACCGACUCUCCAAGGAUCCUCUUAUCACGGCUGCUUAUAUCCGCCUCCGACCAACAUAGGACACCACUAUCCGAACUGGAGCAGCCACUCUUUUAUUAUGUCGCAUUUGGACUCACCACGGCUGGUUUAGUGGCCAUCAUCGCUUCGCUACUGGGCUGCUGGGCCUCGUGCAUGAACACAUACUGCGUUUUAACGAUUUACUUUCUCAUUAUCCUGUCGCUACUGGUGGCCGAGUUUGGCGUUUGUUUGAUGAUCACAGCGUGGCCUCAGUGUCUGGGAUUGAACCUGAACGAAACGGCAAUGGUAAAAGCACUGCAAGGAAGCUACGGUGUACCGGGGCACGAGCAGUUCACCGCCGCGAUGGAUCUGGCGCAAACUAUCUUCGAAUGUUGUGCCAUCAAUACAAGCAUCAACUACGACACAUCGCUGUGGAAAUUGCAAAGUUUGGGUAAAAAGGAACUCACCGUGCCGCUAACGUGCUGUAAGUUGGAGAACCGCUUCCAGUUUUCCGCCUAUUUGGAUCCUUCUCCGAUAAAUAUGACGCUCUGCCAGGCGCUUCAAACGCAGGACUAUGAAAAAAGUCGUCAUCUUGAUGGAUGCCUCCAUAAAAUCGAACUGUGGUAUCGUGAACAAUAUUUUCUCUUCCUCUGCGCUGGACUUAUUGUGGCCGUCGUUGAGUUUUGCGUUCUGCUCAGCAUCAUCCUGAGUUGCACUAAGUUGCCCGGUAAAAAUCCGCUCCCGGUACGCGCCAAUCCACUACCACCAAUACCAAUUCCUGGUUUGCCAACAAAUCGCCGAGUACGGGAUAAUAUUUACGAGCAUGACCUACCGACACCGAUACCUGUGCCGACCGUCCGGGAAACUUACAUUCAACCAAAGGAAUAUACCAAACAUCGUCAAGAGAUGCCGUACAACAAUAAUUCACAUUACUAUCAGAUUUCCAAAAGUUAUCUAGUGUAG